UCUAUCUAAAAUCUUGCCGUCUUCUGCUCUCUCUAUAUUUCUUUUCUCUCUCUAUAAAUAAGCAACCUUUACCUCAUAACCUUUCUUAAUCUCAUCAAAUCAAACCCUUUUUCAACGCUCACAUAUAAAUUUCUGCCACCAAAUCCUUCCCACUCUCCUCAAUUCUAUUCAUCUCAACUCAACAAUCUCUCAGAUCCGUGAAACAAAAACAAAAACAAAAAAUUCGAAAACCCUAGUUCUAUACAUAUAUUAAGGAAAAAAAGCUUUUUGCUGGUUUUGAGGCAUUGCAUUAAAUUGGAUUUUGAUUAUUCAUGGCUGAACAAGCAUUGGAAGGUAGCCAACCUGUGGAUUUAACAAAGCACCCUUCUGGGAUUGUGCCUACCCUUCAAAAUAUUGUGUCAACGGUCAGUUUGGACUGUAAGUUGGAGCUUAAAUCAAUUGCACUUCAAGCUCGUAAUGCAGAAUACAAUCCCAAGCGUUUUGCUGCUGUUAUUAUGAGGAUCAGGGAACCAAAAACUACUGCACUCAUUUUUGCAUCUGGCAAGAUGGUCUGUACUGGAGCUAAGAGCGAGCAACAGUCUAAAUUGGCGGCAAGGAAGUAUGCUAGAAUUAUCCAAAAGCUUGGUUUCCCAGCUAAAUUUAAGGAUUUUAAGAUUCAGAAUAUUGUUGGCUCUUGUGAUGUAAAGUUCCCCAUUCGACUGGAGGGUCUUGCCUAUUCCCAUGGUGCUUUCUCAAGUUAUGAACCAGAGUUGUUUCCUGGACUAAUCUAUCGCAUGAAGCAACCCAAGAUAGUCUUGCUUAUAUUUGUCUCUGGAAAAAUUGUUCUGACGGGAGCCAAGGUUAGAGAUGAGACUUACACAGCCUUUGAGAACAUAUAUCCAGUGCUUACUGAGUUCAGGAAAAACCAACAAUGAUUACUGUCAAGAGAGCAGGAGCAAGGUUUCCUGGUAGAGAAGAUUGCGGAACACCGGCUUGAAUUGAUUGAACUGUAAAUAUGAAGACAAGAGAUAUCUGUAAUCUGGAUUGAGUUUUAAUAAGACAUCCCUUUUUGUUCUUGUCUUUUUCUCUCUUUAAAAAAAAGAGGAUCCUGCUUUAGUAAAGUGGAAGGAAAAAAAACUGUGUAUUGAAUUUGACACUGAAAAAAAAAGAGAUUUAGAAGAGGCAGAAUAGAAAAGAAAAAGUGAGAAAUUCUAAGCUUGUUUAGGUAUGGUUAACUCAAGUAAGCAAGAUCUCUCACCAUUAGUGCGAUGCAAAUCA